AAGAGCGAGAAGAAGCUCAACAACACCAAGAAGAAGAUUGAGACAAAGACCGAGGAGAAGGUGCAGGAGAUUAUUGAGUGGAAAGACGAGGUGAAGAACGUGGUGAAGGAAGCCACGUAUGAGAACAAUGUCUCGGAAAACAUAAAGGAGAAUGAAACAGAGCAGGGAGAGAGCUCUCAGGCUGAAAAGAGAACAAGCAACGGGGUCAACUCCUCUGCCAGUAUAUUUAUUGGAUCAGUGCUGACCGAGAGGAGAAUUUCUACUUUCUACCGUCAACUCACCGAUUUCAAUAUGGCAACCGAAAGCCCACACAUCAACCCUUGCCAUCAAGACAACGAUUUCGGUCCGUUUGCGUGCCUUAUACACACCUUAAUUCAAGAUGACCGAGGUCGAAAGAAGAAACUCAACAUCACUGUGCGCGACCGCGACAUAGUCGUCUGCGUGUCGGUCGAGUCGGAUGUCCGUGUACUGCAUCUACAGUGUGUGCGCGAUGACACAGUUGCAAAGGCGCGGGUCGCCAUUGAGGAGCUCUUUGAUGAGUUGAAGGCCUUGGAUGAUAGUAAAGAUGCCCAAAAGGUCAAGAGGAUGGCGCUCAUAAUGAAAGACGAUGUUACGGACUUAGUUCAUCACGAGUUCCAUGAAUUUGUUAAUGCGCAGGCGCAGAAACGCGGCCUUGAGUUUACCUGGAUGGAAGGGGGCUACUCAAGGGACACAUUGCGAGCCAUUCGUGAUCAAGUAUUCCUGGAGCUGAGGUUGCGUGAAGGCGGAAAUUGGGAUGCGAAGACUAAUCGACGCCAUGGAGUUGGGUCAAGGGAAUUUGAGGCCAAGGAACAAGAGGAGCGAAAACAGCGAAAGAAGGGAAGGAAGGGGCAGAAGGGACCCCAAAGGGCGGAAGACGAUGAUGCUGAGUCGCAAGUUGGAGAGUUAUAA